UAUGAGAAUUUCAGCCUAUGUUUUACUUAAUAUUCCAAAUAUCUGGAAAGCUAUUAGGUAUCCACAGCAGUCACCCACGUGAGGUAGAGCUGCGAGGCAUAGCAACAGGGGUCAAACAGCCAUAGCAACAGGGGUCAAAGCAUAAAGGUAAAGAUGGAUGGUGCCUCAGUGGUGCACUGCUGCAGAGUUGAAGACCUGAGGAACAGUCUGAACAGCAUAUUCCUCACAUUCUGCUCAGCUCUAACCCAGUUGGCCUGUCUGGCCAAGCGUUUCUUCACUUGUUCAGGCCGAGCCAGGAUUCGGUUUGGCUCAUUCAGCACAACUCUCAAAAACAACUGUAUGAAAACUUAAGGAACUAAAGCUGCGUAAACAUGAAUUAAGGGCGACUAACUAGGAGGGGAUUUAGCUUCAGCUCGCUGGUAAGUUGGAUGAUGUUGCAUCAUGGUUUGAACGAGGUGUGAUGUCACUUGAAUUGAAUCGUCUUUCUCUGCCUGCGGGCCGUUGUCUGUGUCCAUGGUAUUUUUCAGAGCUGUUCCAAGCCGAUGUGGAUGAGUUCUGUCAAUACUACGGACGGAGGGACGGAGGCCUGUGCUUCCCAGAUUUCCACCGAAAGCAAACACGGGGACAGGACUCCAACUACUUGGGAGAUGAGAAAGUCGAAGACAUCAACAGGAAGCACAAGCACAACUGCUACUGUGCCCAGGUGGUGUUGAGUGGGCUGAGGCAGCCAGUAGCCGUGGUGCACUGUGGGGACGGAUCCCAGCGCCUCUUUGUCCUGGAGAAGGAGGGCUUCGUCCGGGUGCUGACCCAUAACAUGGAGCUGCUGAAGGAGCCUUUCCUGGACAUCCACAAGCUGGUGCAGACCGGACUCAAGGCAGGAGAUGAAAGGGGUCUGCUAGGUCUCACAUUCCACCCCAAUUACAAGAAGAACGGCAAGCUGUACGUCUCCUACACCACCAACCAGGAGCGCUGGGCCAUCGGACCGCACGACCACAUUCUGCGUGUGGUCGAGUACACCGUCUCCAGGAAAAACCCGAACUUGGUGGACAGUAGGACCACGCGGAUGCUGAUAGAAGUGGCAGAGCUGCAUAGGAAGCACCUGGGAGGACAGCUGCUGUUUGGCCCUGACGGCCUGCUGCACAUCGUCCUGGGAGAUGGCAUGAUCACCCUGGACGACAUGGAGGAGAUGGACGGCCUCAGUGAUUUCACAGGGUCUGUGUUGAGGGUGGACGUGGACACAGACUGCUGCACGGCUCCCUACUCCAUACCCAGGAACAACCCCUACUUCAACAGCACCAACCAGCCACCAGAAAUAUUUGCCCACGGACUGCAUGACCCAGGCAGGUGUGCCGUGGACCGGCAUCAUACGGAUAACAACGGGAGUCUCUUGAUCCUGUGCACGGACGCCAGCGGUAGGAACGCGUCAGCAGGGAGAAUACUGGCGAUCACUAAGGGGAAAGACUACGAGAACGAGGCGUCCAUCAUUGACCUGGCGACCAGUGGAGGAGCAGCACCUGUGGGAGGGUUCAUCUACAGAGGCUGUCAGUCCAGAAGGCUCUACGGGAGCUAUGUGUUCGGAGACAAGAACGGGAACCUGCGGAUCCUCCAGAAGGGCUCAGCGGCGGCGAGGGACCAGUGGCAGGAGAAAGCUCUGUGUCUGGGGACCAGCAGCUCCUGUGGCUCCGCUCUGGUGGGACAUAUCCUGGGCUUUGGAGAGGACCAACUAGGUGAAGUGUACAUCCUGGCCACCAGUAAAAGCAUGGCACAGUCACACAGUGGGAAGCUCUACAAGCUAGUGGACCCUAAAAGGCCCGCGGUCCCUAAGGAGUGUCAGAGACAGGUGGAGGCCCCGGAGCUGCUGGGAACGGCCUGCUCACGGCAGUGUAAGAACGGACACUGCACCCCCACCGGGAAGUGUUGCUGCAGCACCGGCUGGGAGGGACCCUUCUGCAGAGUGGCUAAAUGCGAGCCGGCCUGUCGUAACGGAGGCGUGUGUGUUGAGCCCCACAACUGCCUGUGUAAGAGUGGCUACUCGGGCGCCCAGUGUGAGAAGGGCGAGCGGGGCAUGCCUAGCGACCAGGAGAAGGACGGCAUCCUGGACCACAUCAUAGACAUGACCUCGUACCUGCUGAACCUCACUAGCUACAUGGUAUAGGGGCAUGGGGAGGGGGUCCACUCCCACCGCACCCCCCCCCGG